CCCCUAAAUUCACGGGGCCGAGCAGAGAUCACGGAUAAGACAGCAUGAAAGGCGGAGCUGCACACAAGUUAGGAGAGGCAACUUAUGCAGGUCCCUUCUAACGUGCGGAAAUCCCUGGAGCAGCACACCUCCAGAGAGAGACACAAACUGCCGAGAAAAGCCCGUCGUCCUGUAAGUGAUUAAGGAUUUAAUCGCAAUUUUAUUGUUUUUAUGAGAACCGAUUUCAGUUAAAUUGAUUUAUGCUGAUCAGCUUUGGCUGUCAACGACAUGUAGAUGCCAAUGUUGUCGAGUAAGUCAAUACAAUAACAGUAAUUUAAGAUGACGAACAGCACCGGGGCACAUAGGACAAGAGACCCAACUAUACCUUGUAUUAUGUUCAUAUUCGGAGUGGUCGGUAACGUGAUCGCUAUUGUCGUGCUUUGCAAGUCAAGAAGGGAGCAAAAAGAGACCACGUUUUAUACCUUGGUUUGUGGACUAGCGAUUACUGAUCUUUUGGGAACUUUGCUUGCAAGUCCUGUGACUAUAGCCACUUAUGUGAAGGGUUCUUGGCCUGGGGGAGACCCGCUCUGCCAGUACUUCGGCAUCAUCCUUCUCUUCUUCUCUUUGGCCGGACUCAGCAUAAUCUGUGCCAUGUCGAUCGAAAGGUACAUGGCUAUUAACCACGCGUACUUCUACAACCAUUACGUGGACCAGAGACUGGCGGGCUUGACCCUCUUAAGCAUCUACAUCGUCAGCAUUUCAUUCUGCGCUUUGCCCAGCAUGGGUCUGGGUGAGGUGAAGAAGCAGCAUCCGCAGACUUGGUGCUUCAUUGACUGGCGGAGUAACGUCAGCAGGCACGCCGCCUUCUCCUACAUGUAUGCCGGCUUCAGUUCUUUCCUCAUCCUGGCCACGGUGAUCUGCAACGCUUUGGUCAGCAGCGCUCUGAUCAGGAUGCACAGGAGGUUUGUCCGCAGGACAUCUCUCGGAAAAGAGCAGGGAGAAAGCGGCGACCUUCGCAGGAGACGGAGCUUUCGGCGGAUGGCGGGCGCGGAGAUUCAGAUGGUCAUUUUAUUAAUAUUCACGUCUGCAGUCAUACUCAUCUGCUCUAUUCCACUUGUGGUCUUUGUCAACCAGCUGUACCAGCCGGAGGUGGAGUUAAGGUUGGAGAAAAACCCUGAUCUGCAAGCCAUCCGCUUUGCCUCCGUCAACCCCAUCCUGGACCCCUGGAUCUACAUCUUGCUGCGAAAGACUGUACUUCUCAAGGUCAAAGAGAAGAUCAAGUGGCUCUUCUGCAAAAUCGGCAGCCGCCACAAGCAGCAGCAUCGGGAAGGCGUCCACUACAUGGAUGGACAUCACCUGUCCUCCAUUGGUUCACGCAGCUCCUCCCUGCUGGUGUCCCAGAGGGAACGGAAGGCAUCCUCCAGCACUUCACAGACGUUCCUCUAUAUCUCUGAUAACAGCCACAGCUUCUCCUCUAGCAGCUUCAAGAUCGGUCAGGUGGGCUCUGCCUUUUCAGUGUUUCAGUCGUGAAUGCAAAGUCACCAGGACUUUGUAUCCCCAGCAUCUCAGGGAAUACGCAUUGUUACCAGUAGGACAUCAGAUUCAGAAAGCCUGGUUCCUGAAAUGAGUAAAACCCAAACAGACUCCAGAAACUCGGAAGAGUUCUUCUUCAUAUCAGCAACUGCUUGGUGAACUUACAAGAACGAUGUGGAUGGAGAUAUGUGCAAUGAGGAAAGGGGACUGGCAGUUCGGGUUGGUGCAGUGGCAAUCCUUGAGGAUGACAUGCGAGCAUCGGGAGUUCCUCAGGCGCAUAACCAUGCCGAUAGUCAGCAUCUCAUGUAGGACGUGAUACCUCCAUGAGGUUUAAGGAGGAGAAGCUUUGAGCAUCUUUCAGUGUCUUGAUGCCUAGUAGGGUACCGUGUGUGAAUGGAGAUGAGGAGGCCUCUUCUCAUGUUCAGAUCUUCUGCCGAAUAUUUCUUUCAGUAGAGUUACAGACAAUACAACGGUUAUUAUGUUACACUGUUCAUAUAUCAAUUUUUGCAUGCCUUAUGUUUAUUAUAAAAUAUCAAAAAGUUAUAUGGUGUGUACAUGAUAUGUCUAAAAACAACAUAAAAUGUCUACAAUGUGAAGUCAGACUGCCGGCUUCUGCUGACUGAAUAAGUAAAACACAAAAGAAAAUCCCGCCAUUGGCUUGAUUAUGACAUUCAAUUCCUCUAGGACCCUAAACAGCAUGAAUGAGUUACGCUAAGGAGCUGCAAACGCUGCCCCUGCUGAUUGGUAGUCCAUGCAUUUACAUAACCAAUAGAAACACUUCCACUACUGGCCAGUCAGCGCCUCGUGGUGCAUUUGAUUAUCUCUCGGAAGUCGGAAAUUCCGAGGUGCGUUUUUCCGAGAGACUAACAAGAAACACAAACUGGUCAAACCUCCUUAAAAGCUUUAUAAAAUAUUUUAGUAGAUCCAUAGCGAUAUUCUUUUUUCGAGAGGCAAACAAACUACAAACAAACAAAAGUCACUAAUAAGUCUGGUAAAAAUCUGAUAUUGCAUACUUGGAUACUGUUUACGGUCAUGAUAUAGUAUUCUCUAAAUCGACCAUGUGCAAUUACAUUUAUAACUAUUAACACAUUUAGCAAAAUAAACAUUUUUAAAUAUUUAUAAAACAUAAUUACUGUUGACCGUGUAAACUGCCGUGUUGAAAUGAUGUCACAGGGGAAUGUCAGACAACAAAAUUCUGUCUGACACGAACGUCGGAAAGGAGGCGUGUUUCCGACAGGAAGUGACGUUUUUAUCCGAGUUCUGAGAUAAUUAAAGGCAGUGGGGCAGAAUGGUAGAAUUCCCGCCCCCAGCCCCGACAUGAGCCAGUCAGAAUAUGCUACACCUGCUUUUUACAUGGGCACGAUUUACCAUCAAUGAAAGUAUUAAAGCAUGGCUUGAAUAACUAUUCCACUAUACUAAUGUAAAACUAUAAAAUGUAAAGAGUAAUGUCUGCUAAGCCAUUAAACAAUAUAAUAUGUCUUUUAUAAAUUUUGCCCUUGAGAAGUAGUGGGCUAUCCCACAAAGACAAAGUUUUGAGAAAAUGAGCUCCAAAGUUGAAUUUUUUUCAAAGAAUCAGUGUGUCUAUACCCUACAAUUGAUAUAUAUCAUAGGUAGCACAGAUCUCGGUAUAUUUAAAAGAUAGACCCUCAAUAAUUAAUAUUUGACACUAAACUCAUUUUUGACUGACAUGUGGGAUAGCCAUUAACUGAUCAACUAUCCACCGGAUUCAAACUUGUGACACGUGGGAUAGAAUCAGGAUGCAUUUUUCAGACUUUUCUCUGCAGGGAUGCUUUUCCAAACAUUACUAUGAUAUGUGAACUCAUCUGUUUAUCUGCUAAAGAUACUUUCCUGCUUCUCAGUCAACAUGUUAAGAAAAUUCUAGGAAAGUACAAAAAUGAUUUGGCUCAGAAUUUUAGUCAGUAUUACAUUUUUGCUGAUCAAUAUUUUCAAUACUCUUCAAACAAUAAUUUAAAGUUGAAUAAAUUUUAAAAAGUUUAGAUUUGUUAUAUAAAAGUAAAAGGUAUGAUAAUAAAAUGUUGCCUUCAAUACUACCUACUUUUAUUUAAAUAAACCUUUUGUUACACAGAA